UUAUGGUCGACCAACCAAUUUACGAAGGACAAACCCGGAAGUAGUUGUCCAUCUCCCUCUGGAUGGAAGAAGCAGGAGCAGCCAACCUCUCCUCUUUACCUCACAGAGUCGGCUUCAGCCCAUGAGUCCACCGUCACCCCUGGAGUGUGUGUGUGUGUGUGUGUGAGUGGAUGCUGGUGAGUGUGUGAGGGUGUUUUGGGGUGAUGUACUCUCCAUAUCAAGACCGUGAGGAGUUGGAGGAUGAUCUCUACCAAGAGGAAGACAAUGAUGACUCGGAUGGGUCGGAGGCCCACAGCGAGGUGGAGUUCCGCCUCUACAGCCAACUCCACUACUCCUCAAAUGCUGGGGAGAUGGAGGAGCAGGAGGACAGCGGUGAGACGCCGGAGGUGACUCUAGAUGCUGACGGAGAACUGGAACACACAGAAGAUUUUGGACUUCCUUCAUCUAAACAACGACUCCUGAAGAAGAAGAAGGUGGGAGAGAAAAAUGAUAAGCAGAAGAAGGGGAAGAGUGAUCCUAAAGGUCAGAGGUCAUCAUCAGUCUAUGAGGAGGUCAUCGUGAUUGACUCCAGUCCAGAUGUUAUCUCCAUCUCCGAGGAUGACACUGCUGACGAUGACGGCGUCUGUAUCAUGAAGGGUCAAGGUUUUCACCGGCUGCAGACGUCCACCCCAGCACAACAGGAGGGCCAGAAACGGAAGAUGAGUCUCGAUACGCCAGUGAGCAUUGACUCCAGCAGCUCAGAAUCGGAUUCAGAAGAGUCGGAGUCCAAUUCUGAGUCUGAUUCUUCAGAUUCAUCGGAUUCAGAAUGUCUGGAGAACUGGAUGAUCCUGGGCCGAGGGAAGCAAGUCGAAGACCAGUCCAUCUCACUCAACCUGGAGGGAGGGUCUGACGGCAACACAGAUGCUGAAGAAGAGGAGGGCACCUGGUUGGUCUCCGACAAGGACAGGGAGGCUCAGAUCUUCAACAAAGCGAAGGGUGCCAGGAUAGUGACGCAGCGGGUGCCCAACAGAUACUACACCAACAAGAGCGUCCAAUGUAGAAACUGCAACAAGACCGGGCAUCUCUCCAAGAACUGCCCCGAGCCUAAGAAGUUGACAUCCUGCUUCCUGUGUGGCACCCCCGGGCACAUGGCCAUUGAGUGUCCCAGUAAGCACUGCAGCAACUGUGGCCUGCCUGGUCACCUGUACGAGUCCUGCAGCGAGAGGCCAUACUGGCACAAACAGUGUCAUCGCUGCAGCAUGAAGGGACACUUCUUUGACGCCUGUCCAGAGAUCUGGAGACAGUACCACAUCACAGUGAGUAGAAAACCAGCACUUUCACCUGAGCACUGCUUCUCUGCAGUGUUUCCAUCAGUUCUUGUGCAGAGCUCAGCUGGAUGUAGAUGCUCUGUAUAAAAGUCUUAAGAAUUAAG